AUGGGUCUUCUCAAUGAGCAGAGCAUGGCCGGAAGUGGCUCCAUCACGAACGGUUCGAAGCCCAGCUCGUACAAGCCGCUCAAGCUUGUCAGCAAGAAGUACCCUCACCUCGAGAGGAGCGACGAGAAGCCCGCGGCGGUGGCGCGGGAGGUUACGCUCUUCCACACCAUCGAGCAGCUCGCUGCUCUGGAGGCCACGCUGCACUUCAUCGUGGAGGGUGUUCGGGCGAAAGCGACGGACAUCGCGUUCUUCUGCCGGGAGUACUGGGGAAGUUCGGCGUCGCUGGCCCAGCUGUCGCUGGACGAGCUUUCGUGGGGUGACCCGCUGGCGGGCCAGGUGCGGAGGGCCUGCGCGCUGGAGAGCCUCAGCAUGGCCGCCCUGUCCUGGGUGUCCUCGGGGACCAUGCAGGACGUUUCCAUGCCAAUGCGGCUGAAGCUCCGCAGUCUGACUCACCACCUCCACGCGAACUGCCUGGCGCUCCUGGACCUUGUGCGGCAACGAUGGGACAGAGAGGGCAGAGAGCGGGGAGGCGGGUCGGAGAGGCUGCACUGCCCGAGCAGCAUCGACUUCAAGAUCCUCGAGGGGGAGGCUGGCCGCUACACGUCGCUCCGGGACGGGGACCACGGCCCAGCGCUGGCGAAGAACAGCGAGGCGAUCACGGGGCUGCUGCAGCCCCUCGCGGCGGGCGGCGCGGGCGACGUGCUCCGCGCCGUGCGCGACAGGCUCCUGGACGACACCCCGCUGGAGCGCCUGGCCACCAAGGCCGUGCGGUCGGACAUGCUGGCGCUGCUGCGCUUCCAGGCCCUCUCUGGCGGCUGCGCCUCGGACUCCUCCGGCUCGUGGCCGCCGCGGGACCCCUACGAGCGAUCUGGCAAAGGCCGCUUCGCCGAGGGCGGGGCGGCCGUGCUGUUCGAGCCCCACGCGCCGGUGAUCGCGGACCUGGACAGCGACACGUUCCUGCCGAGGAGAAGCAGCGCGAGCAGCUCCACAUUCUACACGCUCGUGUUGGAUUUGGACGAGACUCUGGUGCACACCCCCGCGAGCUCCAAGAGCUUCCGUGUGCGGCCAGGGGCGGCACAGUUUCUCCAGAAGAUGUCUUCGCUCGGCUACGAGCUGGUCAUCUUCACCACUGCCACCCAGGACUACGCCGACAGCAUCAUCGACCAGAUAGACCCGCGCAAGUUGAUCAAGUUCAGACUGUACAGGCAGCACACGCUGCCCUGGGGCCCCCUCCACAUCAAGGACCUGAGCCGGCUGGGGAGAGACCUGGGCCGCACCCUGAUCAUCGAUAACAUCGCGGAGAACUUCUUGCUCCAGCCGCAGAACGGGAUACUCAUACGGGACUGGCUCGAGGACCCUCAGGACCAGUGCCUGUUCAACCUUACGCCAGUGCUCGAGGAGCUGAUCAAUACUUGCGCCCAG